AUUAUUAUUUUAUCAGGAUUCGACUGCUUCAUUUUUUGAGAGAAAAGUGUAAACAACGGAGGAGUUCAGAGCAGGAAAAUAGUGUAUACAGCGGAGGCAUGAAGUAGGAAGAAUGCCAGCUUAUUUGUUUAUGGAUUUCAGAACACCCAUGACCAUUGCAAGGGCGCCAUUGCAGUCAAUCUGUCCCUGCUUUGAGAAGUACAAUUGUUAUUUGUUAGGUGUUAGGAAGUUGAAAGUUUGUACAUUAAAGAGCAGAAGUAGAGGAAAUGGGCACGGGCUGAUAAGGUUAAGGGCAAAGGCACGGGGUGAUGACGAGGGGCAGGGGAAGAGGAAGGGAUUAUUAUUGGGCAUAGUGGGUGCUGAUAAGUUAUUGAGAAUGGUGGCAGGGGCUACAUCUGCCCCUCUUGCUCAAUACAUUGCAUCUCCUGCCACUUUUCUUCAUAAUUUGGAUCCCAGAGUCAAGCAGGCAUGGCUUCUGGCCCUUGUUGUGUUGCCUGCAAGGUCUCACAUGGUUAUUCGUUUGGGAUUAGUCUUGUUUUUGAUAUUUUUAUCCAGGUGGACACUUCCACAUGGCAUUUGGCAAGAUCAACUUCUCCGAGUAACUUUACUUUCAGGCAUUUUGUUUGUCAUGUUGGCUGUGGGUACAGAUGGAGCUCCGUCUUUAGUUCAGAUGCGCACACCUCCGCCAUCCAUGCUGCACAUGCCAAGCAUACCUCCAGCUUUGGGGGCGUAUUCAUAUGUUCUUAUGAAGAUUGGUCCGCUACAACUCACUAGGAAAGGUCUAUCACUAGCUACAACAGCUUCUUGUUUGUCAUUCACGGUACUGCAAAGUGCAAGCCUUUGCCUAACAACAACAACACCUGAACAGCUGGCAGCUGCUUUAAGGUGGUAUAUUCUACCUUCAGCACAUAUAGGAGCUCCUGUUGAAGAAAUUGUUCUUACACUCUUACUUGCUCUACGGUUUAUAAGUCUUGUAUUUGAUGAGGUGCGGAAUAUUGCACUUGGAAUUGUAGCUCGUGGGAUAGAAUGGAAAAACUUGACAUUGUUGGAGACUCUUGACAUUCUCUUUCUUUACCUGCGGCGCAUUUUCAACAACUUGUUCAGUCAUGCCGAACAGAUUUCACAGUAAUUCUGGAAUUUAUGUUUCUUACACAGGCAAUGAUUGCCCGGGGCUUCCGUGGAACUGCAACAAAUCAUAAGAUUAAUUUAUUAACAAAAUUUUCAAUCCAGAUACCAGAUAUGCUGGCUAUUCUAUUGCUUGGUGGACUCAUAGGUCUAGCAGUUCUGUAUGAAUUUUUUUAUUUCUGAAUGGACCUGAUUUAGACCGAACGAAAAGUCAUAGUUUUGAAUCUUGAUAGCUGAAUUCCAAGAUUAUUAAAUCUCUAUGCUUUUAACAGGUAUGGAGUUAGAUGUAAAGAUAAUUUAAUUGCUAUGGUUUUAUCAGGUAUGAACUCAGAUGAGAUUCACUUUUAUUGUAAAUAAUGAUUUGUUUUAUUGUAAAUGAUGUCUCCAACAAACAGAAGGGGAUUUUCUGA